AAAUAUAGCUGACGUAAGCGCGUUACGUCAUGAGGAAACGAGGAAACACGAUGUAAACAAAGCGAAACAGCGUCGGGUUAAUUACCUACUUUAAUUAAGUCUGAGCGACUGUUUUCACCGCGGAUUCACUUUAAGUUCGUUUGUUUAUGUCGUUGAGUGUUUUUGUGAACUGAGCUGUUAGCUGACUGGAGCUAACGUCAGCUAGCUUCCAGCACGUUAGCGCUGACCAACAUGGAUGAUAACAAGAUGGUGGCUGGUAAAGUGAAGAAGCCGGGGAAACGCGGCCGUAAACCUGCAAAAAUAGACCUGAAGGCCAAACUGGAGCGAAGCCGUCAGAGCGCCAGAGAGUGCAGAGCCAGGAAGAAACUGAGAUACCAGUAUCUGGAGGAACUGGUUUCCAGUAAGGAGAGAGCGAUCUGCGCCCUGCGUGAGGAGCUGGAGAUGUAUAAACAGUGGUGCUCGGCCAUGGAUCAGGGGAAGAUCCCCUCAGAGAUUAAAGCUCUGCUGACCGGAGACGAGCAGAAGAUGCCUCAGGGCGGCAGCAGCACCAAGACGUCCAAGAACAAGAACAACAUCAGCAGCAACGGUCAGGGUUAGUGUGACGGAGGAAGAGGGAAACCUCCGCCUGUGACGGAGGUCAGAGACUGAUGAUGUGAAAAUCACCUACAAACUCACAGAUUACAGUUCCUGAACAGGAACCUGCAUGUAACUCAUAACCUUCUUAUUUCCUAGUUAUUCCAGUGGCUAAUCUGUAUCUGACAGUCGUUUCACAGAUUCACAGUUUUCCUAAAACUUUCACUUUCAUGUGUUCAUAGCAGUGAGACACAAACCAGUCCAGUUCACCAGACUGCGUUCAGAAAACACUGAGUCCUUCAUCAGGGUGUUGGAGGUCGUUUCUGUCACGUGACUUAUAUAAUAAGAAUAUAAAACGAUGUUCCUGUCAUGUUUUUACAAACCCAGAAUUCCUCCCUCUGUCUUUACGUUCAUCAGAUUUAAACCAGGAACUAGAUUUGAAAACAGAAAUUACUACAUUCCAUUCUUGUUCUUAAAACAAGAUGAACUUUUAGUUAAAACCACAAAGUGUCAGGUUCAACCACAGAUCCACUGUGGAGGGAAUAUGGAAGCCCAGAAGGCCACUCCACUUUCCUCUCUGGGCUUCCGUAGUUUCAUCUACAAGCAUUAAAAGAUAUUUUAGAUGCACAUUUUACAAACAAGUGGAGAUAAAUUGUGUCUA